AUGAGACGUUAUUGCUUGAUAAUAUUAUUAGUUGUAUUUGCUGUGAUUAGUGCUGCAUUGUCAGUUUCUGAGGUCAAAGUUGAUCUCGACAAGAGGGAUCCACCGACACCAUCUACUCCAACGUGUGCUGUUUUAGGUGUUCUUGUCGCUCAGUCAGUAGCAGUUUACAAUAAUUACGGUGUCGGGGCAGUUACGGUGUGGACAACUUAUGCUUUGUUCACAUGGGAUUACGUUGCUGAUCAGUGGAGUUAUAUCUAUAACCAAUGGGAUGACGGUGGAACUGCUUCAAGCGCACUUGCUAAUGCUAGAUUAGUCGUCAAUGAGAACUCGAUUGUCUGGGUUGCAGGAACAGUUGCUGCAACAUCAUACUGGUUGAUAGCCAAGUUGCUGAGCAUGACGAACUCAAAAAAAGAGAUGGAACUAGUGGGAGGCCCACUUAUAAUAUUACUCACGAUGAUAUUCUAUUACACUACACGGAACUCUACUGUUAAUGGAACACUGUUUGCUUGGUAUGAAACUGUAGCAAUCAACAACAAUACAAUAAUUGCCACUAGAUUAACACCAUUACAACCUGACCUACCCAAUACUGCUAAGGGUAAGAGUAAGAGAGGCAAUUUCCUGUAUACCCAAUCGGGUGUUGGAUUUGAGAUCAGUAAUUGGACUGGUGAUACUGCUGUGAUGUCUUCUGAUCAGGUCAAUAGUAUGGCUAGUAAAAUUGCAGCUUACUUGGUCGACUAUAUGAAUAAUAACACCCAAUCAGGAAUGGUCAUGGGUAUCCAAAGCGACUAUUGCGAUUACUGGUUGGGAACUUACUAUUUUUAUGUAGUCGAGACGCUGGAUAGUGGUUAUUAGAUCAAUGUCGACUCUUGUGGAAAUGCUGAAGCGCAAUGCACAGCUGAAUUUAUUUUCGAGCCAGUUGAUUUCUACUAUGACGAAUUUACAUUUGUACACUCUGCGUUUUUUAGAAUUAUUUAGUACGAAUCAUUUAGAUUAUAUCGUAUGAAAAUAUAUUAUCUCAUUAUCAGU